AUGGUGAAUCGUGGUUUUUCAACUAAGGUUUUGUCUGGUUUUCUUAUAAUUCUUCUGGUGAUACAACUACACUUUGAGACUACAACGGGAGCUCGACAUGCGCCGGUUGUUUCCUGGUCACCACCUGAGCCGCCAAAUGAUGAUUUUGUGUGGUACCACAAAAUCAAUCGCUUCAAGAACAUCGAACAAGAUGCGUUCAGACCGACUCACCAAGGCCCUAGUCAAGGUAUCGGACACAAGAGCCCUCCUGGAGCUUCUUAA